AUGGCCGACGACGAGGAGGACGACGCGCACCACGCGCACCGGAGCGGGUGGCACAACCUCUACCGCGUGGACCAGCGGGUGCCCAUGCGCUUCGACCGCCCCAUGCCCGCGCCGGCGCCGCCGCCGCCGAAGAAGAAGCCGCCGCCGCCGCCGCGGAAGCGCGACGACGACUACGCCGAGUUCAUGCAGUUCACGGGCGUGACCGAUCCCGACGUCGCGAAGCGCCACGUCGACGCGGCGCGCGCGGCGGGCAUGACGCUGCGGGACGCGGCGCGCUGGUACUUCGACCACGGCGGCGAGCCCGUGGACUCGGCCUUCGUGCGGGCGCUGGUGGCGCUGGGGUUCGACCGCGACCUGGCGCUCCGCGCGGAGGCGUCGGGCAUGGAUCCCGAGGCCGCGAAGGCGUGGUGCGCGCUCGUGAGGGAUCUGGUCGCCAUGGGCUUCGACGUCGACCUCGCCUGCCGCGCCGCGUCCCUCUGCCGCGACGUCGAGAGCGCGGCCGAGUGGUGCCUCGAGCAGCAGCGCGCGCCGCCCGCGUCGCGGCCGCCGCCGCCGCCGCUCGUGCUGCCGCCGAAACCCGCUCCGUCCCUGGUCGACGCGGACUUCGCGCUCUUCGCCGCGCCGCCGCCGCCGCAGAGGCCCCAGUACGCGCCGCCGCCGCCGCCGCCGGCGCCGGCGCCGCCGCCGCCGGCGUCCAUGCCCAUGGGCGGCGAGGCGCCGGCGGCGGUCGUCGAGGCGACGAAUCCCUACGGCCACGCGGCGCUGGCCGUCGUGUCCAUGCCGCCGGGCGGCGUCGCCGGCGGCGCGGCGUCGGCGGGCCGGUCCCGCGCCGCCGCGGGCCGCGUCCAGCGCGGCGGCCGGCUCGCGAAGCUCUCGGGCCUCGGCGGCGGGCGGACGUUGCUCGGGAGCCGGUGGCAGGCGCGCCACUUCGUGCUCGCGCAGUCGACGCUGGCCUACGGCGACGUCGCCUGGGAGGGCGGGCUGCGGGGCGCGGACCGCAACGGCGGCGCGCUGAUCGGGGACGUCUUCGCGGGGACGAAGAAGUCCUUCGGGCUCUGGGGCGCGUACGUCGUCCCCGAGAGCAAGGAUCGCGCGGCGGGCCGCGACUUCGCGUUCGCGGUCUACCGCUCCGACGACGACGUCCUGCGCGGCGGGCGGUCCCUGGCCGGCGUGGCGGCGUCGGGCGAGCGGGACCAGCUGUGCCUGCUCGCGGCGGAGGACGACGGCGACCGGGGCCGCUGGGUCUGCGACCUGCUGCGGGCCGCGGGCCGGUCGGGCGUGAUCCUGCGCACGCCGUCGCCGAACCUGCAAAUGAUGGAGCUCCGGUGCGUCUACGGCGACGAGCCGCUGAAGCUCGGCUGCUGCGUCGUCGGGCACGCGGUGCUCGUGCGGACGCUCGAUCGCGACGAGGGCGCGGGCUCCGUGGGCGUGCAGGUCGGCGACGAGCUCGUCGAGGUCAACGGCGUCCUCGUGCCGCCCAUCGACGCCGGCGCCGUCACCAAAAUCCUCGACGCGGCGCACCGGCCCCUCGAGCUCAAGCUCCGGCGGCCGACGGACCCGCGGCGCCACGCGGACUUGGCCCGGUCGGCGAUCCACGCGAAGACGGGCGAGGUCGCCGAGGACCUCCGGAAGCGCGAGUCCCUCGAGAUCGGCGCGGCGCUCCGCAACGACGCCGAGGACCGGCGGGCCCACUCGCUGCGCCUCGAGGCCGAGGCCGCGGAGGCCGCGCGCGCCGCGGAGGCGGGCCGCGCGCGCGCCGCGGAGGCGAGCCGGCUGCGGGCGCUGGACGACGCGGCCGUCGCCGCGGCGCUCGACGCGCAGCGCGGCGCCGACGCGGGCGCCGCGGCCCUGGCGCGGGGCGACCCCGCGGGGGCCGUCGACGCGUUCCGCGGCGCGCUCCAGCGGCUCCUCGACUCGCGCGACGCGCUCGGCGACCCCGCGGGGCCCGGGCGGCGGGCGCUCGCGCUCCGCGCGCCGGGCCUGGACCUCGCGGCGCUCUACGACCGCGUGCAGCGCGGCGGGCAGGAGGCCCACGACCUCCAGCAGCGCGCGCCCGCGCCGGCGCCGGCGCCGACCGUCGGCGCCCUCGCGGACGCGUUCGAGCGCGUGUCCGUCGCCAGGCGCGCGACGGCGACCUUCGAGUUCGCCGCCAGCGACGACUGGAUGCUCGCGCUCGUGCCCGGCGAGCGCCUCGAGGUGCUCAAGACCAUGGACGACGGCUGGAGCGAGGUCCGGAACGCGGCGGGCGUGUCCGGCCUCGUGCCGACGGGCUACUUCGAGCUCGAGGGCGGCGGCGGCCCCGUGCGGGUCUAA